AUGGCAUCCGUGAGUAAUGGAAAUACACCCGCCCUGCCCGAGGAGGUGAGCAAACCCCCCGAGGGAGUGGUCUUGCCACCUAAGGACAUCCGAGCUAUUGUCGAGAAAACGGCCGGUUAUGUCGCUCGAAAUGGUCACGUCUUCGAAGAUCGCGUCCGCGAAAAGGAACGCAACAACCCGAAGUUUUCUUUCCUCAACCCGGACGACCCCUACGCAACCUUCUACCAGUGGCGCCUUACGGAGAUCAAGGAAGGGAGAGGCACCGCGGUGUCUGCAGGUCGACCGGGGGAACAAGCGGCGGAACCUGAGCCUGAAGUACCCCAGGGACCUGAGGAGCCUCCAGAGUUUCAUUUUUCGGCACGCAUGCCCAUAAUCAACGCGCAAGAUCUGGAGGUCGUCAAACUCACGGCUCUGUUCGUCGCGAAGAGAGGGAAAUUGUUCAUGACGGCGCUAUCACAACGUGAAACUCGGAAUUUCCAGUUCGACUUCCUGCGGCCACAACACAGUCUCUACCAGUUCUUCACGCGGCUGGUAGACCAAUACACCAUUCUCCUGCGCACGGAAGGAAUAGACGAGGCCACCACGGAGAAGAAACGUCUUGCGGAGUUGGAGUCGAACGUGAAGAACAAGUUCCACAUCCUGGAUCGGGCCACGCAACGAGCCGAAUGGGUCAAGUACCAGGAACAGCAGAAGCAGAAGAAAGAGGAGGAGGACGAGCAGGAGAAGAUCGCAUACGCGCAGAUAGACUGGCAUGACUUUGUGGUCGUGGAGACCGUUCUCUUCAACGAAGCCGACGACCAGUCCGAUCUCCCGCCACCCACCUCGCUCGGUGACCUCCAAUCCGCCUCCCUGGAACAGAAGGCCGCCAUGUCCCUCAACCCUCUCCGCAUCGAAGAAGCCAUGCCCACCGACGAGGAGAUGCCCACCUACUACAACGCCUACCCAGCCCAGCCCGAACCCAUGCCCCAACCCGCAGGACCUUCCUACCCCCAGGGCCUACCUCCCCAGCCCAUCCCCGCCGCUCCCCAAGCUGCAUACUCCGCCGCCGCGCAGGAGGAAGAGCAACGCAUCCGCGAACGCGCCGAGGCCCGCGAUCAGGCCGCCGCCGCGCAAGCCGCCGCACGAGCCGCGCCCGGCCAGCAGCCGAUGCGCAUCCGGUCCGACUACGUCCCUCGCGCCCAGGCCCGCCGUCUCAACCAGACCGGCCCCACGGCCCUCUGCCCCAACUGUCAUCAGCAGAUCCCCGUCGCCGAACUCGACCAACACAUGCGUAUCGAGCUGCUCGAUCCCCGCUGGAAGGAACAACGCGCCAAGGCCGAAUCACGCAGCGCCACGACCAACCUGUCGACCGCCGACGUCGUCAACAACCUCAAACGUCUGGCCAGUCAGCGUAGCGACGUCUUUGAUUCCACCGUCCUCCCGGGUGCAGGGGACCCCGAAGAAGAAGCCCGCAAGAAACGCAUGGCCUACGAUGCCUCCGCCGGUGGAGUCGGUCCCACACCCAUGGUCGGUCCUUCAGGCGGUCCGCCCAAUCCUCAAAGUAUGACGAUCGAGGAACAAAUCCGACACAUUCGCGAACGGGCCAAGCAAUGA